ACACGCACUCCCUCUCCCCGAACACACGUACGUGCACACGCACUCCCUCUCCCCCACACACUUACGCACACACGCACUCCCUCUCCCCAAACACACGUUCGUGCCUCCACACACCCUCUCCCCGAACACACGUACACGCACACGCACUCCCUCUCGAACUUUGAAAACGAACUCUUAGCAGAAAUUGAUCAGAAGAAACGAACAUCCAAGACACUGCUAGAUGAACUGAAAUCAAAAUGCACAAACAUGAAAUCAUCCAUUGAGAAACUAAAGUCGGAGCUACAAGCACAGGACGACAAUGGCAACCAGCUAUUAAUAGUAGGAAAACGAGCUAUGAAAGAGCUGGCAGGUCUCCAGGCAGCCCUGGAAGAUGUGAGCAGGAGGAAUGAAGUUCCCCGAUACAAGUUUCACAGGGACCCCGAAACUGAGAAGUUAAUAGCUUCCGAAAAAACAAUAGGACGGUUGGAAGAGGACGAAUCAACGUCGGCGUUAGGACAACAACACCGACAACAGCAAACGAAGCAGGAACAACGGCAACAGGAGACGAUGCAACAACACCAAAAACAGAUGAAAGCUGUAUCACAAAACGGUCUGGGCGAAUCAACUGCUGCUGCAGGGCAGCAAAAACAACAACAACAGAAUGAGCAGCAACCACGGCAACUCGAGACUAUGCAGCAACAACAAAAACACAUGCAAGACGUAUCACCAAAAGCCUUAAACCAGUGCCGAGCAGAUCUAAGCCAAUCCCAGUUUCGCAAGCUGCCUGACAUUCCAGUAAAGAAGGCAGCCGACACCCGUGAAUGCUUCCUGACCAGUAUGACCCUCCUGUCCAGAGGCAGGCUCCUACUGGCUGACUGCCACAAUUGCUCAGUAAAGCUUGUGGACACCACUACCAACAAGAUGGUGUCCCAGGUGAAACUUCCAGGUCAACCGUGGGACAUGUGUCUCCUGCCCGGGGACAGGGCAGCCGUCACUCUGCCUUUGAAGAAUAAGAUACAAUUCGUAUCUACUCAGGGAAAUGUAACAUUACUGGAUCGUGUUAAAGUAGAUGGAUACUGUUAUGGAAUAGAUUUCUGUGAUGACUACUUGGUAGUGUCCUUCUGCCCAGGUAAGGUUGUGUUGAUGAACAUGAAAGGAAAGGUGAAGAAGAGUUUGUACAAAUACAACAGUGGAGAACCUUUGUUUCAGAAUCCCUGCUAUCUGACAGUGACCAGGGAGAGCCUGACUUCUCCAGUCAUAUACGUCUCAGACUGGAGCACCAACACCAUAACCAAGCUGAGCAUCUCACUAGAGGUGCUCCAUACAUACCAAGACCCGAUACUGAAAUCACCACGUGUUAUGACUGCCGUAGGGGACAACCAGCUGCUCGUGUGUGGGAUGGACAGUUACAACAUCCUAUUACUAGACACGCUCACCGGCAAGAUAACCCAACUGCUGGGUAGGGAGGAGGGGAUAGAGAGUCCACGCAUUUUGGCUUACUGUUCACAGAAGAAGAUGAUGUUUGUCACCUGCAGUCGGUAUAAAAGACCUGAAUUGGAGAAUUUCGUGAAGGUAUUCAACUUAGUAUAGAUCAUGUCAGUCAAUUUAUAUGAGUGAAAUUUGUAUCAGGUGUGAAAUAAUUCUAAUGUAUAAUAUUAUACUGGCAAUACGCAUAUACAAUGCUUAUUUUCACAUAUCGCCUAAUUCAAUUACUGUGAGAGUAUUUGACGGAAACUUGACUUUUAAAUUAUGUUGAAUUCUUACAGUUUUCAAAUAAUUAGUGACAAGUCGUGUAGUAAUGUAUUAUAAGAUAUACGAGUAUGAAAAUGUGUAUUAGUAAUUGAAAUGUUAGUACCUGAUUGUGUAUGAAAUAUACCAACAAGUUGGUUUCUUACUUGUGAAUGUUUAAUAAAAAAAUGUAAUUGUGUAAUAGAAUGAUUCAGAAUAUAGAUUAUAGAGAUAUAGACACGAUGUGUCUUUUUUCAAUCAGUUUGUAUUUAGUAAAUAUGAUGUUUAUAAUGUGUUUAUAUUGAAAUUAAACAUAUAUGUACGUAUCCUUAUACAUGUAUAUUGAAUAAAUAAUUCAAUAGACAUUCA